ACUCUCUCCCUUUUAAAACACAGUAGCGUGCUGGACCUGGGAGGAAGGAUGACUGGAGCACGCACACUCCAGAGGGGUGUUGAGCUGACGGAGCACGGCAGCAAUACGCCUGUGAACGGCUCUGUACUACUGUGGUAGUGUGUAAUUAAUAAAAGUAAUCUGAACUGUUAUUGUACUCCGUGUCAUAUCUGCUGAGGAGAAACUCACGGUGGCUCAAACCACGCCACAUUGGCGCCUGAACAGGGACUCAGCAGAGAUGUCGGAGCCACAAUCGCCAGUGACCACGCUGGCGCAGAUGCUGGCGGAGGUGGCAGCUAUGAGCCGGGACCAGGCAGCGCUCAAUAGGCAACAACUGGCCGCUCUCCAGUUCCAGGCGGAGAAACAAGCGGAGCUGCUGGAGGUGAUGGUGAAUCGUGUUGGGGGGGCGUCGUCAGCCCCCUCGCUCGCUGGUGUCACGCUCCAGAGGAUGGCGGCCCACGAUGACCCCCAGACUUACCUGGAAAUGUUUGAGGCGACGGCGACGGCGUGCAACUGGCCGGAGGAGGAGUGGGCUGUGCGCCUGCUUCCCCUGCUGUCGGGAGAGGCGCAGACGGCGGCCCUCGCCCUACCCGGACCCUCCCGGUGCCGGUUCGGGGACAUCAAGCGGGCAGUCCUGGACCGUUUGGGGUUCUCCGCAGAAGACCAGCGGCGCAGGUUCCGGGGGACCAAGCUGGGUCCCGCUGAUCGACCAUUCGUCUACGCACAGCAGCUGAAGGAUGCGGCGACCAGGUGGCUUCAGCCGGGGAGCUCUGCGGGCGAGGCGCGGCUGCUGGAAGCCGUAGUUUUGGAGCAGUUUGUGGAGGGGCUCCCAACGGCCACCUCGGACUGGGUGCGCUGCCACCGCCCUGCGGAUCUGGCGGCUGCCAUAACUCUGGCGGAGGACCAUUUGGCUGUUCUCUCCUGGGGCCGGGCACAUGAGGGUCGGCCAGCCUCUCCCGUCCGUCCCAUACCGGCGCCCCGCAGGAGACCGGUGCCGGGUCCCCAGCCCUCCACGGCCGCUAGACCCUCUCCUCGCCCGCGCACUAAUCCUCCCUCUCUUUUCUGUCCUUCCCAGGCUCCAGCCGCUACGGGCGCUGCUCUCGACCCACAGAGGGUUCCUCAGGCGGCAGGGCAGGAAUGCUGGAGGUGUGGACAACCCGGACACUUCCGCCGAGAGUGUCCACUCAUGGAGGUCGGUCAAGUGGUCCGGGUUGUCGGACCUCCAGCACCCUCCCCCGGUCUAGGAGGGACGUACAGCGUUCCGGUAAGGAUCCAGGGUGGUACACAUCAGGCAAUGGUGGACUCUGGCUGCACGCAGUCUAUAGUUCACCAGAAUCUGAUUCGACCCGGGGCAUUGAGGGAGGCGGGCUGGGUGGAUAUUAGGUGUGUGCAUGGGGACAUCCACAGAUACCCUGUAGUACCAGUGGAAAUUCGGUUUAAGGGAAAAAAGCAUAGUGUGAAGGCUGCGGUUAGCUCCCGCCUGACGCACCCCCUGAUUCUGGGUACUGAUUGGCCGGGGUUUGACAGAUUAGUGGGACAGUGUGUGGGGGUGCGUUCACGACCGACAGGGACAUGGGAUAUGUGCGCUGUGCUCAGUGGUGACGCGAGGUUGUCCGACACUGCAGACGGGGAGGGGGAGCCGGCGGUGCCUCCACCGGAGGCUCCGCAGGUGCCCGUUUUUGCCUCCAUGGAAGAUUUUCCACUCGAGCAGUCUCGUGAUGAUACUCUACGCUUUGCCUUCGACCAAGUGAUAAAAAUUGAUGGUCACAUGGUGCGCCCUGAUGCAGCGUUAACGUAUCCCCACUUCUCACUGCGCAGGGACAGAUUAUACAGGGUGAGUCGUGACACUCAGACAAAUGACAUACUUACCCAGUUGUUGGUACCAAAAAGCCGCCGGGAAAUGGUUUUCCAGGCGGCUCAUUUUAACCCGAUGGCUGGGCAUAUGGGGUAUGAAAAGACACUGAACCGUGUAAUGGCCCGAUUCUAUUGGCCAGGCAUUCGGGCAGACGUGCGCCGCUGGUGCGCGUCUUGCCCUGAAUGCCAGUUGGUUAACCAACCGGCCGUCCCGAGAGCGCCCUUGCGCUCAUUACCACUGAUUGAGAUCCCGUUUGAACGUAUUGGGAUGGAUCUCAUCGGGCCAUUUCACCGGAGCGCACGGGGAUAUCGCUUUGUGUUAGUUCUUGUGGAUUACGCAACGCGAUAUCCAGAGGCAGUGCCGCUGCGCACCAUCUCUGCAAAGAGUGUGGCGCAGGCACUGUUUCAAGUUAUCUCCCGAGUCGGGAUCCCGAAAGAGAUCCUGACUGACCAAGGCACCCAGUUUAUGUCACGAACACUGAGAGAACUGUACGGAUUAUUGGGCAUCAAGUCUAUUCGAACCAGUGUUUACCACCCGCAAACUGACGGCCUCGUUGAGCGCCUGAAUAAGACUUUGAAGUCCAUGAUCCGUAAGUUUGUGCACGAUGAUAGUCCUAAUUGGGAUAAGUGGCUAGAUCCUCUGCUGUUUGCAGUGCGCGAGGUACCCCAGGCCUCCACGGGAUUUUCUCCCUUUGAACUGCUGUUUGGCAGGAAACCACGCGGGGUUUUGGACCUUGUUAAAGAAAGCUGGGAGGAAGGUCCAAGCCCCAGUAAAAAUGAAGUGCAAUACGUCCUGGACCUGAGAGCAAAACUCCACACACUGGGGCGGUUAUCACGGGAGAAUUUGCUCCGGGCCCAGGAACGUCAGCAGCGGCUGUACAACAGAGGAUCUAAGCUAAGACAAUUUUCACCGGGAGAUAAAGUGCUUGUAUUACUCCCAUCGUCCACCUCCAAAUUACUCGCCAAGUGGCAAGGACCCUUUGUGGUCACACGACGAGUGGGUGAUGUCGAUUAUGAGCUUGUGCGAUCUGACAGGGGAGGGGCUACGCAGAUUUAUCACCUCAACCUCCUAAAAGCAUGGAGAGAGGCUGAGUCUGUUUCCCUGGUGACGGCAAUUGCAGAGAGAGAUGAGUUGGGGCCUGAGGUUCCAAAAUCGGCCAAUCCUGCCUCGCUCCUUUGUGAAAACCAUCUCUCACCGUCUCAGAGAACAGAUAUUGCCAGGUUGCAACAGAGUUACGCUGACGUGUUCUCCCCCCUGCCAGGACGCACAAGUCUUAUUCAACACAACGUUGAGACUCACCCGGGCGUGACGGUGCGUUCACGGCCCUAUCGGUUACCUGAACACAAAAGAAAAGUGGUUCAGGCAGAAUUGAAAGCGAUGCUGGAGAUGGGGGUAAUAGAAGAGUCCAACAGUGCCUGGUGUAGCCCCAUCGUUCUUGUGAGCAAGAAGGAUGGGUCCAUCCGGUUCUGUGUGGACUAUCGCAGGGUGAAUGAUGUUUCACGGUUUGACGCCUAUCCAAUGCCUCGGGUCGACGAGCUCCUGGAUCGCCUGGGCACUGCUCGUUUUUUCACGACACUGGAUUUGACCAAGGGCUACUGGCAGAUUCCCCUAUCUCCAGAGUCCAGGGAGAAAACGGCCUUCUCCACUCCGUACGGUUUGUACCAAUUUGUUACACUUCCGUUCGGGUUGUUCGGGGCCCCAGCCACAUUUCAACGCCUCAUGGACCGCGUGCUGCGGCCACAUGUUGCAUAUGCUGCCGCCUACCUGGAUGAUGUAAUCAUCCAUAGCACCACUUGGGCGGAGCAUGUGCGGCAGGUGGCUGCGGUGCUGGGUUCACUGAGGCAGGCGGGGCUCACGGCCAACCCGAAGAAGUGUGCAGUUGGACGGAGGGAGGUACGGUAUCUGGGGUACCACUUGGGCGGCGGGCAGGUGCGUCCACAGGUAGAUAAGACAGCUGCUAUUGCAGCCUGCCCAAGGCCCAAGAGCAAAAAAGAGGUGCGGCGGUUCUUGGGGCUGGCAGGCUAUUACCGGCGGUUUAUCCCCAAUUUCGCGGAGCUGACCAGCCCCUUGACUGACCUAUCCGGAAAGGGUGCCUCAGAUCCGGUCCAGUGGACGGAGCGGUGCCAGGUGUCGCUUGAGAGGGUUAAACAGACCCUCUGUGGGGAGCCUCUUCUCCACACACCUAACUUCUCUCUCCCUUUUGUCCUGCAGACUGAUGCGUCGGGCAGAGGGCUGGGGGCCGUUCUGUCUCAGCAGGUGCAGGGCGUCGACCGCCCGGUGCUCUACAUCAGCCGGAAGCUGUCCGAAAGGGAGGCCAGGUACAGCACGGUGGAGAGGGAGUGCCUGGCCAUCCGGUGGGCGGUCGAUGCUCUGCGGUACUACCUGCUGGGGCGCCCAUUCACCCUCUGCUCGGACCAUGCUCCCCUCCAGUGGCUCCACCGCAUGAAGGAUGCCAACGCCCGGAUCACCCGUUGGUAUCUGGCACUACAACCGUUUAAGUUCAAGGUGAUCCAUAGGCCGGGGGCGCAGAUGGCUGUGGCCGACUUCCUUUCCCGCUCCCAUGGGGAGGGGGGGGGGGAGUAG